AUGAGCAACACCUAUUACUGGCCUGUCCAGGCUCAACAUCAAUAUACAACAGAUCCGUGGCACCAACACUUUGCCCACGAACCAUUCCCUGUUUCCCAGCCUUACUAUCCACAAUCAUACUUCCAACCACGACAGAUUCCUUAUCACGAACAAGUACCACUUCCUCAAUUACAACAACUACAACAACCACAACAACUGCAACAACCACAUCAACUACAACAAUCACCAAACUUACUAUCACGAUUUGUCUACACGAGCACCAAACACAACAUUGAACAUAUAUUAACAGCAACAAACUUAUCUAAAUCAACGGUACUCGUUGGACUCGUGUACAUCCUGAGGUAUGGUUUCAAUGUUAGUUUUGUAAAGGUUGUUGUGGCUCUUAUGUUGGCCAACAAGUUUAACGACGACAACACAUUCACAAACAAGUCUUGGAGUGAUGCUUCCGGAAUACCAGUGGAGGUUUUAAACAGAGAAGAGAAAGUCUGGCUCGAAGACAUUAAGUGGAGUUUGCUUGUUAAUGAAAGUGACAUUUGGGCAUUAGAACAAUAUUGGGAAAGUUGGAUUAGAAAUUAUUAUUAUAUGGUUUAA